AUGAAUGUACGUACUUAUAACGGCCCUGAGAAACCACGGCAGCAGAUACUUAGAUUAGGCCAAUGUAUUUCAAGAAACCUCGUAAGAGACCUGGCAAAGGGCACCGAGGAAAUUGAAUUGACCCGCAAGGAAAGACAACUCUUGGAGAAGUACAAGGCAGAUCUUCAUGAGGGGAACCGUCUGGGCGCCAUCCAGAGCCACAAGAAUUGGAUUAUUUCGGCAAUCAAGCUCAGGCGGAGACUCGACUCUGUGCAGAAUUCAGCAGAAACUGGCGUUCAACGCGACCCUGAUACCAAUGUCCUCGUCAUCAUCGAAAUUCUCCGACGCGCUUGCCGAGAUCGAGCGAAACUUCUGGGUCCUGAGGCUGACCAGCCAUUGGAGGAGGAGAUCUGCGCUCCGUCGUGUUCCAGAGAAGCUCGUAUCCAAGAAAUACACAGAAGGAUCCGAAAUCGAGAGGCCAUUGAACUAGAGACUGUGUUCAGGAUAUUCACCAGAGUCACUAUUCCGUACCGAAAAGCAGUUAUGAAAGAGCUGUGUUUCCACCCAUGGUAUAUGAAUGGCGAUGAAGAGAUAUAG